AUGGCCAAUCUCUGGCUGGACAGCUUUUGUCUUCUCGUUUAUGCUGCUCGAUUGUAUGUUACAGGUACGGUAGGGCUCCAAUGCCAGGAAGGAGGGCAAAUCGAUGCAAUCGAACAACCAGAGAGUAGUGUUGCCAAUGGAUGCAAUCUGAACAACCGCAUUCAAGAGCCUCCUCCCUCCUCAUUUAUUUCGGCACUGGGCACGAAAGCCGUCAAACCUCCUCAGCUACAGAAGAUGGCCGACAAGAACGCCAAAAUCAACGCCAAAAUGGCACGAGUGUGCCCCGAACUGGCUUCAGAGUAUGCCAGAUACCCGCUGCAAAUGAAGUCUUGGGUGAGCCCGGAUGCCAUGGGUCCCAACAAAAAUCCGUGUUGGAUCUCGGCUCCUCGAGGCACCACAGAACGAAAGGACGACUAUGCCUUUGGAGCGGGCAAGAAGGGUUGGGGCUAUUACCACUUGCUGACACGAGAUUCCUACACGAUACUCUAUGCUCGGUUGACCAAUGAAAUGCCGGGUUGUUGCUGUGCCUUCUCGGCGGAAGCAAGACGACAAAUGUCAGAUUGGGACGAUGUCAAGACCAUUGUGUACAACCGAAGUGUAGCCACUAUCCCGGACGAUGCACAAGCCAAGAAGGAUGCCAUUCGACUUGCUCAAGGUGUGGCACAGGCGCAUUAUCACGAAGGGCAAAACUUUCAGCUGGCCGUGGGAGUCGCUACUACUGCCGCCACUGGGUUUUGA